AUGUUCUCUUCCGUCAACGGCACCGCCAACACUGCAGCCACCCCGGCCAGUAGCACUCGCGGACGCCGCCGCCAGAGACCAGUCAGUAACGAUGAUUCCGUCCGGCAACCAAAGACGAAGCGUGCUAGGAUCCCUUUAAACGACCAGACAUUCACAACCCCUGAGGCCAGCCAAGAGACCUACGAGGUCAAGCCUGCGCGUCAACCAGCCAAGCAGGACAAGAUCGAACCCGUCGAGCAUGCCUCACCACAAAUCCGCAAAGAGUUGAGCUUUCGCUCUAAAAAGGCAAAGACGGCCGACCGUCUGAAUAAGGGCGAUGGCAGUGUAGUACUGACGAGCAACAAUGCCUUCAUUGUCAGCAAGCUUCCGGCGCUCCCUGAUAGAUUACGGACAGAUGCGCAGAGCCGACAACACGGUUUCCUCGACCCUUCAACCGGCUACGCCUUGAGCCUCACGCACACUCAUGCCGUUGUAUGGCCUUAUGCCGCGUCUUCUCCGUCGCCCGAAUCCUUUAUCUUCUCGCUACCAUAUCCAUCGAGACAUUCGAGUGACCCCUUACCGCUAGGAUCUCUCACGCCCCCGUCGGCCUCUUCGUCGGAACCUGGUCUGGUAGUUGUUAUGCCCACCAGCGGCAAGAUCACAUAUUGGGAAUCGAUCUCGAGCGCGACGACUCUGGAUUUUAUACGACAGCAACGAAAUGGAGUGGAGGACUCGAUAUCGGGAAUGUGGUCUAGUGAAAGCGUCAUUCAAAUUGUCAGCGCCGAAGCCGCUGCAGGCUUUAUACUGGCCUUCAGCAGCGGCCGCAUGGCCUAUUUGAGCGUUCGAGAUGCGCACGGAAAACCCGCCAUCAACGUAAACUUCUUGCGAACCAGUCUUGGACCUUCGGGUGGGGGUAUCUUUGGCAGUCUGCGACACUUGGUAUCGAGCUCAUCCAUACAGGGCGAUAUUGCUGCAGUGAGGGCAAGGAAAUCUUCCAAGCAAGGAGAACAGACCGUCGUUGCGGCCACCGUCAAGGGCCGCCUACACGCCUGGAAGAUUCACCGAGGUGGCCAUCACGAUCUCCUCACCGAGUUCGAUGCGAGAGAGGCCAUGAUCGACGCUCUUUCCGACUUGCAUAUCGACAACCGAGGAUCUAUCGAUUCCCUCAAAAUCCACGAUUUUGCCUUCAUUCCCAAAGACCUCGAGACGAACGACUUGGAAAUGACCCAGCUGCAUCAGACAUCAGGCUCGAGUGAACAGCAACACGUACUUGUUCUGGCUUCCCUGGCCAGUAAAGCCAGUAAGACCCCUGCCGUGCGAUACUAUCUCUUGGAGCUGGUUAUUCCACAAGGAGCUUCUCUGGAGACGCCCGUGACCGUUGGUACUGUGCGACCAAUCAAUAGCUAUACUACACCCCCAGAUGCCCAUGCACUGGCCAAGCCAAGGUUGUAUCUACCUCGACCAGCCGUCGUUGCCUUUUUGGUGUUUGAGCGUGCAACUGUCAUUGCAUCCGUUGCCAAGGCUCCCGACUCGCCAGAUUCACAAUUGCACGUCGAAGAGAAGCACAUUUUGCCCCCGACUUAUGAGGAUGUGGUGGAUCUCAGAAGUGACCCAACACUGGAGGUGGUGGCGUCUGGAAUUGAGGAGCCUCAAGCCCCAGGAUCAGAGGAGUCUCGCUCUCAUCGGGUCAAAACCAAGAAUCCCGCUGCUGUGCUUCUCGUUCGCGGCACGGGAACGCUGAGAGUUGCGACUACUGACGUUGAUCGUUUUGCAAGCGAGACACCACCAACAAUCACUCCCAAGAGCAAGCUAGAGCAAGCGGUCUUCUUUGGCAUCAAGGAUGACAACCCUUUGGUCUUUGAUGUGCCGCGCCAAUUGCCGUUUAGUGAUAAGGAGCUUGCCGACGCUGCGCUCGAGUUGAGUCAGGACAUACUAGCCUCCAACAAUCCUCACCUCUCUACACUUGCGGGACACCUCGAAAACAAUAUGCAAAUGCGAGUCAAGGCCUUGGAAAAGCUCAUUAUUCAUCUCAACAGCCUCAGGGUACAAAUGAGCCGCGAGACAAAAUGGGAACUGCUAUGGAAUGCUGAAAAGCUGCAAGCUGCUCGCUUUGUCUGGGCCAAGCACGAGAAAUUUGUACAAGAACGUCCAGACGACGCCAAAAAGGAUCUCAUCACUCAGAUGGUCAGCUACAUACGCGACGAGGAAAAGAACCAACCCAACGUCGCCAAAGGUGAAGUCGAUCCUUUGCGACACUGGUUUGUUCACGAUUCCUACCGAAUGAACAUAUUUCUGGCUUGGGCCUACGAGGUCAUCAAAUACCAAAACAAGGCCAAGGCAGAAACACCGGCUCUGACACGCCUGAUUUACGAAGCCGUGGAAGUCAUGAACGGUGCUUUGAGAGAUGCAAUGGAGUUCCGCCGAAGACACUUGGCUUUGUACGGAUUAUCGGGUGAGAAAUUAGCCAAUGGGAUCCUCGCCGACGACUACGCCAACCUGCCGAAUCCAUGGACGUCGGAUCAGUUCAUUGCCAACAACCUGAAGCGUUUGGUGGAGCUCUCGUCUGAAUGGGUGAAUACGGAAGAGCACACAACCAAGCCAACGGCCUCGGAGGAGCCCCUCAUUGAUCGGAUACGCGCACUCUUGCCUGACUUGACCGAAGUGUACCUGACAUCCCUUCAAGAGCUCUCACGUUGGGCCCUGGCAAGCGAUGACCCAGUCAAUGUCAAGUUGGGCGAAACCUUUGAGCUAACCUACCAGGACGACCGGAACAACAAGAUCCUGCUAUUGGCCGAUUCCGAGAAUUGGUCGGCUGCCUAUAAGCUGGCCGAAGAGCACAGAGCUUUGGAAGCUCUGGGGCAGGUCCUGAUUGGGGAAGAACAGAGUUACAAAGAUAAACUCGACCAAGGAGGCUUGUCCCCUGAAGAAAGCCAGCGAUUGCAUGAUGCCAUCUCUGCAAAGAAAAAGCAAUUACACAAUUACUUUGACAAGUACGGAGCCGGGUUUGCCUACCCGUACUAUGAGCAUCUAAUCGAAGCUUGUGGUGUUGAGGCAUUGAUGGAGGACAACGGCGAUAAGCUCUUCAAGACCUCUUUUCUCCGCACAAACAAGGAAUACGCCAAGCUCUCCUGGAUCAAUGAUAUCAUUCAAGAACACGACAUCACGAGCGCAGCGGACACUCUCGUUGAUAUCGGUUUGAAUAGGGAAGGUCAACUCUGGAACAAGAAGAUCGAGCUUAGUCUUGGUAAGCUGGCCCGCAUGGCCGAAGCAUCGAGCCCUGCAAGAAAAACAUCCUUCAGCGCUCAGGAGGCAUCCAUCAGCGCCGUUUGCGCAGACGCUUCGGUUGGUGCUAUCGACGACCAGUUGGCCAUCAUUCGCAUCCAGGAUCGUCUGUACGAAAAGAUCCACCCUGUACUCAAAGCAGCACUGGAUGAUUCGGCUCAACUCACUUUGGCGAUGGAUGCUAUCGCCCCCAAGCUUCCCAAGAAGUAUAAGGUUCUCUUGGAUAUUUUUGAGCUUGGCAUCUCCAGACUGCUGAACCAUGAGGUACUCGACCCUUACACGCUAAUCGAUAUCCUCACGCUUGCCCAAUUCGACUCGGACUUGAAAGAAACCAUGCCGGACCAGUUUUUUGAAGCAAUUGAAGUUGCCAAUUUGGGAAUCAAGGACCUCGAGCGACGCGAGCAAGCCGAGAAACUCAUUUGGCGGAGAUGUCUCCUUAGAGAGGAGUGGACAAAGAUUAACAACACAUCUCUCAAGGGAGACAACGACAUUUGGGAUGUGCUGAGCCAUACCGAUUUGUUCCAGGUUUACUGCGUGCUGUACACAAUACAAAACGAGCGAGAGCCGCGGAACUAUCGCCGGUGGCUUCCAUCGGAGGUUCUUGGUACAUACACGGAGCAACUGGACAAGCGCUAUAGUACGAGGGAGAAGGGAUUUCGCGAGAAGCUCCUUGAAGCAAUGCAAUGGGAGGACAACAACCUCAGCAAACACGUUGAAAAGCACCGUCUCGAAUACUGGGCAACUGAGACCAGGCGAAUGGCUGAAGAGGCAGUUCGUGGCCAUGUUGACCAACAAACGACUGACGGUGCCUCGUCGCCGACAGGUGAAACACGUUAG